AUGACCAAACGAAAAAAAACCAAGGAGCCGAACGCACCUCGCUCUCAAAGAUUAAGACGCCAACAAAACGCCGCCCUCAAUGCAAGUGCUUGGAAUCGACUACGACAAGGGGAUCAACCAGUUGCUCACGAAUCAGACAUCAUUGAGGAUUCUGAUUUGAUGACGAACCCCUACAACCCUACUCAAACUCAAGAUUCCGAUUGGCAGGAUGAAGAAGUCGCGGAUUCUCUGGAUGGGGACGGGGAAGAAGAAGGCAAUGCCAGAUGGGUGACGUUGGACGACGAGGUAGAAGCCGAACAAAUCGAUCCAAGUAUCCACUCAACUCAAGAGCAAUAUCGUCUUCUUGCCAAGGAAUACAACUGGACCAUUUUGACAAAAGAACUACACACCUGGUACCUCACGCUCAAAUUGCACACAAAGAAUUGGUCGGGAUCCAAUGUGUACGAUGAAUAUACCUCUAGCCACUGUGGAUGCUCAGCUCAACAAAAGAAAACUCGACCUAUUGACAUGGUCGAUCUAUAUGGUCAAAAGCGGCAGCCGAUAGAAUUUUGCAAAUGCACACACGACACAGUCCGUUUAUUGUGGCGCGGAUAUCUAGCUGGAUCGCCAUUGAAACCACAAACAGCUUUCUCGCUUCCUCUCCUCAUAUUCCAUAACGCGUUGUGGAACAACUGCCACAUUGGUAUGUUGCCCUUCACCACUGCACUCACCGAGUUCUUGGAGCCUCGUUCCGAGCGGCUAUGUGUUAAGGGGAAAAAUCAUGCCCGAGAUCUGCGAAAGCCUUUCUCAGCGGCAGUAGAUCUAUUCCGCUCUGAUUAUCCCGAGUCUAUACGUAACCGGCUAGUUGUUUGUCUGGACGGAAAUUUCCAACACCGACAUCAUACCAAGGCAAGUCGAGAUUACGAAGCUCUUCGCACACCCAACAUUUUUCUCCCCAAUGACGCUGUCGAAAGGAUGACCCGAGAAAUUCGACACAUGGAAACUAUCAACAAACCUCCCAGCCAGGCCGAUCGAUGUGCAGAUGCACACAAGGCUGCUGACGAUAAGAGGAAUGAAUCCACUUGGAAGGGAUGUGACGACACCGGCCUCAUGGGAUGCUGCUGUCGACAUGAUGCAGCCAUCUCCAUGGCGAACAUUUACAAGUCUGGCGAGCUUAGGGCGCUUCCACUAGCUUUACUCAAGGCAUUACUCACACUGGAUCCUGAUCGACCUGUCGGAGUUCUUUACGACAUUGGAUGCUCACUUAAGAAAUACAUUCAAAAUCGAGGUCUUCUGCCGGAACUUAUGAAGAACACGACUUUUGGGACAUCAAUAUUUCACGCAUAUGUCCACAACUGGACUUGUCAAUUGGAUUACAAUCCUCGCCUCAACAACGGGUGGGGCUUGUCCGACGGAGAAGGUUUGGAGCGAAUGUGGUCGUAUCUAUCGCCACUUGUGAGUCCUUUGAGGUAUGCAAGUCGUAAUCACCGAUUGACGGCGAUCACGCAUCGGUUGAGGCAUCAUAACACAAAGGGCAUCCGACAACUAUCCCAAUGGCUCAGUCGAAAGUUUAAACUCGCAACGAAACAAAGCCGGGAGACCCAAGCCGAACUCUCACAACUACUAUCUUCUCAAAACCCAUUCAAGAGCCCCGGACGUAACUACACAACCAAAUAUUUCAAGGCGCAAUGGAAUCAUCAACAAACGUUCCGAGCAGAUCACACGGACGAAAAGCAGGAACAGAGGGACAAACUCAUCAAGAUUUACGAACAUCAGAUAACAAUUGAUGAGCUAAGGCAAGAAUGUAGAGAGAGCUUGCUCGAUCCCGAACUGGAUCUCUUAUCCGAAAAAGAAGUAAAAAAAAUUGUCAAAAAGAUCGAAAAUGUUUCAAAGAAGCUCAUCAAAGACGCAAAGGAAGCCGAGGCCAAGGGUUUGGGUUUACCUUCUGGUGAAGAGAACUGUGACGAGCAGAGGCUGCUCCUGCUACUCUGGAAUUCGAAGAACGCACUAUAUAUGCAAGCAGUCCAACUCCAUGCAGAGCGCCAGCCGCUCCUGGAUGCAAAGCGGCUUGGCACACCUUUAGGAACCGAGCUGAAAGAAAAAAUUCUCAAGGCUAUUGGAAAUCGUCGCCCAGCGGUUCAAAGACUCAUUGACAAGUGUAACAAACUAUUUUCCGAAUACUUGUCGAAAUUUCCGGAUCAGAAAUCGACUAACUCGGCAUUAUAUCCUCUCAACUACGAUGAGUUCUCUUCAUGGCCGCUGGAUCACCAAUUUUGGAACGAUGGGCUUUAUUUUCAGUCAUCGGCUCCCUGGGCUAUUGAGCCCAAUGUGCGAUUGGGAAUAAACUGUGUUCUCAUCUUGAACAGGAUCCAAGAAGAGUUUCAGUUACUUGCUCAAGAACUGGCAAGGGCAGUAGGAUGGGCAAUUGAUUACUAUGAUCGCAUCAAGAAAACAGUAUCCGAGCUGGGAAAGCGUAUCGACCUACUUAGAAUUCAGCCGGAAGAUGUUGAAUUAGAUCGGUUUGAUGACUUGGUCCUACAUGGGUUGAGUCGCAGAAACAAGCUUAGGUUAAUUCGGAAAGAACUACGACAUCGACAGUUACGCCACAUGGUGCUAGUUGAAGAGUGGAAUCCACAUGUUUUAUGGCUUGCUCAACAUUGCCAGCCUAGUGAACACCGAAAGUCGAUGCUCCGCGAUUGGGAUAACAUGAAAAAAGAUAUGGAAUUAGAUAAAGCAAGUGGGUUUGUAAAGCAACCUGAAGUAGACACUCAACUGGAGGAGGCAGUACUUGGGGAGGGAGCUGAUGAUGGCGAGGAUGUAGAUGAGAAUGUGAUUUCUGGAGCACAUCAAGAGGAAAACAUUGACGAUGCCGCAGGGGGGGCAGACAUUGACGAUGAGAUUGAAAAUGGUGGUGAUGAUAUUCCAGUUUCUUAA